GCCUUCUCCGUAGCUUUCUCCUGCCUCCACUCCCUCCUACAUGUACUCCUGGUCAAUCGGCUCACGUUCUGCGCAUCAAAUGUAAUCCAACAUUUUUUCUGUGAUGUCAACCCUGUUCUGAAACUGGCCUGCUCUUCCACCUUUGUCAAUGAAGUUAUGGCCAUGACAGAAGGGUUGGCUUCUGUGAUGGCCCCAUGUAUCUGCAUCAUCAUCUCUUACCUAAGAAUUCUCAUUGCUGUCCUCGAUGUUCCCUCAGUGGCUGGAAAAUGCAAAGCCUUCUCCACCUGCAGCUCCCCUCUCACUGUGGUGACUCUGUUUUAUGGGAGUAUUACCUAUGUCUAUUUCCAACCCUUGUCCAACUAUACUGUCAAGGACCGAGUAGCAACAAUCAUCUACACUGUACUGACAUCCAUGUUGAAUCCAUUUAUCUACAGUUUGAGAAACAAAGAUAUGAAACGGGGCUUAGAGAAAUUGAUAAGCAGAGUGAAGACUCAAAUGGAUAUGCUUUCUACUACACAAGCCAACAAAAUCCAUGAACCCUGA